AUGAAUUUUAAAUUAAUAAUUAUAUUAUUGAUUUUAUUGGUAGGGUUUUUAUCAGUGGAAGCAAAAAUUGAAUUUUCAAACAUUAAUGAUAAUGAUAAUGAUGAUGAUGGAUCAAUUGUUGAAACUAAUAAUGGUUAUGUUCAAGGUUUAAUUAAUGAACAAUAUAAAUCAUUUUUUGGAAUUCCAUUUGCAAAACCACCAACAGUUGAAAAUGGUUUACGAUGGAAAUCACCAAUGGUUGCAGAAAGUUGGUCACCAAAAAUUUUAAAUGCAUCAUUUAAUCAAAUGGUUGGUUGUAUUCAAAAAUGUGAACUACCACCAAUGAAUUGCCCAAAUAUUAUCAGUGAAGAUUGUUUAUAUUUAAAUGUUUAUACACCAUUACAAGUUUCACAAACUCAAUUAAAACCUGUUAUGGCUUAUAUACCAGGUGGUAGAUUUGAACAAGGAACUGCAUCAUCAAUUUUAUAUACACCAGAAUUAAUGAUAAAUUCAAGUGAUAUUGUAGUUGUAACAUUAAACUAUCGUCUUGGUGUAAGUGGUUUCCUUGUUGGUGAUGAAAUUACUGGUAAUUUUGGUUUCCAAGAUCAACGUUUAGCAUUAACUUGGAUUCAAGAAAAUAUUAAAUUUUUUGGUGGUGACCCAAAUAAAGUAACAUUAUGUGGUCAAUCAGCAGGAGCAUCAUCAAUUGCAACUCAUAUGACAGCAAAAAAUUCAUAUAGUUUAUUUCAAGGUGCAAUUAUACAAUCAAAUCCAUUUACAUUAGGAUUGAAAACACUUGAAACUGCAAAGAAAUAUAGUGAUAAUUUUGCAAAGGCAGUAAAUUGUUCAUUAAAGGAUGAAGAUUGUUUAAAUGCAUUAACAAUUGAUCAAAUUGUUCAAGGUCAAAUUAAAUCUCAAGCAAAAUUAGAUGUUUUUGAACCACUUCAAUCAUUUUUACCAUGGACACCAACAAUUGGUAUUGAUGAUAUUACAGAUCAACCAUUGAAUUUAAUUUUAAAGGGUGAUUUCUAUGAUGUACCAACCAUUGUUGGUACAGUAUCAGAGGAGGCAUUAUUAUUUAUUUAUCAAGCAUCUCCAAAGAAUGUUUCAGAAACUGAUUAUAAAUUAGCAAUUGAUUUAAUAUUUUUAGAUAAAGAGAAUGUAAUUGAAAUUAAUUAUCCACCAUUUACAAAUGGUUCUGAUAAUCGUCCAGUUUUAUCAACAUUGGGUACAAAUUUCAUUUUUGCAUGUUCAACUCGUCUUGCAAUAGAGUCAAUGUUAAAGUUUAAACAAUCACCAAUUUAUCUUUAUCAAUUCUCUCAUGUUAUGAGUUUUAAUCCUUGGGGUCCAAAUUAUCCAUACUGUAAUCAUCAUUGUUGUCAUGGUAGUGAAUUAGUAUUUGAAUUUGAUGCUGCUCGUUAUGGUGGUUAUAAUUUCACUCAAGAUGAACAACAAUUAUCCUAUGAAAUGAAUAAUUAUUGGACAAAUUUCAUUAAUAAUGCUGAUCCAAAUCAAGGUUUAUCAGUUCCAAUUGAAUGGCCAAAAUAUGAUAUUACAAAUCUUGAAUCACUUCAACUAGAUAUCCCAGUAUCUAUUACAACUGAUUUAUUAGGUUCACAAUGUAAUAUUUUAGAUAAUGUUGGUUAUUCUCCAAGAUAA